ACUUGUUAUACUUUAAUGCAGUUCCAAGAAUCUCAAAUUUCAGUUUGGAUAUCCCUCGCAUUAUUGAAGUUGUCAAUCUAGAAAAACCAAAAUGCAUUUUCCUGACUUCACCAAACAAUCCUGAUGGGAGUAUAAUUAAUGAUGAAGAUCUUCUAAAGAUUCUGAAAUUGCCUAUUUUGGUUGUUCUGGAUGAAGCAUACAUUGAGUUCUCUGGUCUUCAAUCAAGGAUGAAUUGGGUAAAGAAGCAUGAUAACUUGAUUGUUCUCCGCACAUUUAGCAAAAGAGCAGGUUGGUUAGAUGAGCUCUGAAUUCCUAUGUAUUAU